AUCAACAGUAUUAUGAAUUUUAACGCUUGAAUUGAUAUCAUUAGCUGUAAAAAUGUUAGCUCUUUUAUACAAGUUUUGUUUAUCUGCAGCAUAUUUGUAGUUAAGUCAAUUGACUCUUUUACGGAAAGUUUGGUUUUGCUUGAACUCAAAUUUUUAUUGAUAUAGAUCUAUGAUAAACUAAUACUAAUUGUUAUAUUUAUUUGAACAGAAGAAAAAAAAAAUGGAAAAACACUUUCUCGCUUAGAGCUUUUUCUUGAAUCCAGAAAGAGAAAGCAAGGCAAAGAAAUUGAUCCAAUAUCACAAGAAGCCAUUGAAAAGUUUCAGCAACUAAAGAAAUAACGAGAAGAAGGACAAAUUUCACUGGAUGAUGAUGCUAUGUUUGCUGAUGUACUUGGGCCGGAAAAAAAUGGUUAUGUUCGUGCUUAUGGUCCUGGAAAAAAUGUCACGGAAUAUUUUGGUGCUAGACCUACAAAGAUAGAACUACUUAAACAACUUGAUACUUCAAGAAGAGAAGCAAACGAGCGUGUCCAACAAAUUCAAAAAGAAGCAAGUGAACAAGUAAAUGAUGUUAAGAAGCAAAUGGAUGAGAAACUUGCAGAGAUGAAUAGAAUAUGGGAGCAGAAAUUCAAGAUGCUUUUGGAGAAAAACAAUAAUAUUGCAUCACCUAUGGAGGAUUCCCAAGAUGAUGAAAUUGGAGGAUGAUUUGCAGUAUAUUUGAAGUUUUGGAUUUUGAAGCAGCCAGCAACC